AUGUCAGGGCUAUCGCUUCAUAUACAAUUAUACACGUAUAAGCCAUCAGUAUUCUCCAUGAUGAGUGGAUCACAGUCGAAUACUUUUGAUAAUAUCAUCCUUUUAUGUGAUUCAUACAAAGUGAGUCACUAUUCUCAGUAUCCUGCUGGUACAGAAUUCAUUUACUCUUAUUUUGAAAGCCGUGGCGGGAGAUUUCCCAAUUCUGUAUUUUUUGGAUUGCAGUAUAUUUUAAAAAAAAAUUUAGUUGGUCAAGUAGUAACACAUGAAAAAAUUGAUGAGGCGAAAUCCAUUUUACUAAGCCAUUUCGGUAGAGAUAUUUUCAAUGAAGAAGGAUGGAGAUACAUUGCUAAUCACCAUAAAGGUUAUUUACCAAUUGUCAUUAAGGCAGUACCUGAAGGUACGUUGGUGCCUACAAAAAAUGUCUUAAUGACCGUUGAAAAUACAGAUCCAAAAUGUUACUGGCUUACUACGUAUCUUGAGACUAUAUUAGUACAGGUUUGGUAUCCGAUGGCUGUAGCAACAAAUUCACGAGCAAUGAAACAAAUUAUUGUUAAGUAUCUUCAUGAAACUGCAGAUGACUUUUCUACUGAAUUUAAACUUCAUGACUUUGGAUUCCGAGGCGUCUCCUCCAUUGAAUCUGCUGCAAUUGGUGGCACUGCACAUUUAGUGAAUUUCAAAGGAACUGAUAGUUUGGUUGCCUUGUUAUUCGCCAGAAGGUAUUAUAAUUGCCCGACAGCUGGAUUCAGUAUACCAGCCACAGAACACAGUGCAAUGACUGUAUGGGGUGAAGAGAAUGAAACAAAUGCAUAUUCGAAUUUACUUAAUUUGUAUCCUGAUGGAACAUUUGCCUGUGUGUCCGAUAGUUAUGAUAUAUGGAAUGCAUGCAGUAAUAUAUGGGGUGAGGCACUACGUGAUAAGGUUAUAAAUCGUAAUGGUACAGUUGUUAUACGACCGGAUUCAGGUGAUCCAGUUGUAAUUAUGCCAAAAGUAUUAGAUAUUUUAGGCAGCAAGUUUGGUUAUAAAAUUAAUUCUAAAGGUUACAAAGUUCUACCAUCGUGUAUACGAGUUAUACAAGGUGAUGGUGUUUCAUUAGAAUCAUUAGAUCCUAUUCUGAAUAGUAUCAAAACAGCUGGUUGGAGUGCUGGAAAUGUUAGUUUCGGAAGUGGUGGUGCAUUAUUACAACGUUUAAAUCGUGAUACACAGAAAUGUGCAUUCAAAUCAAGUUUCGCUAUAGUUAAUGGUCAUAAGAUUCAAGUUUCCAAACAUCCAAUCACUGAUCCACAAAAAAAUUCGAAAAAAGGUCGUUUAACAUUAGAAAAAUGUCCAAUAACUGGUAUACUUAUGACGGUUGAAGAAGGUUGUGGUAGUCCAUAUAAUGAUGUACUUAUCCCAGUUUAUGAAAAUGGCGUCUUAUUAAAAGAUUAUACACUGGAUGAAAUACGUGAACGAAUUGAAAAGUAUCCACUUGAAGAUUGA